AAUCACAGUGUAUCGCCGACCACUGAAACGUCAAAGUCGCUCCAAUAAGGAAGUUGUUUGACUGAUUUUCUCGUGAGUUUUCCUGGCAAAGGAGUGAGUUUUUCCCCGUGAAAUGCGUGCACGCACCUGAAGGACAAUGCGGUGGACUCGAGUGCAGUGCUCAGUGAGGUGCAACGGCGUGAUUUUUGCUGUUUUCAUCGCCCUCAGUGGACUGUUUACAAAAUGCCAUGGCAGCCAAGCGCUGGAAUUCACGCUGGAACCCGUGGACGUCGCCGUCCAAGAAGGAAAUUCCAUUUUAUUGCAAUGUAGUGGACGAAUGGACCCAUCGGCACUCAAGGAUGGCAAAACAGCCCCAAAUAUUCGAUGGAGAGGACCCGAUGGGCAGGAAAUUGGAAUUGUUGGGGACACAUUUAGGACACAGCUGCAGAAUGGUUCGCUGUACAUUAGCUCAAUUGAAGAGAAUCGCGGCCUAACGGGGACAUAUCAAUGCCUCCUGACUGCAGAUGGGGUUGGCACAAUAGUCAGCCGACCAGCAACAGUGUCGAUUGCCGCGUUGCCGGAAUUGAAUCAGGAAUUCAAUGAAAUCUACCUCUUUCCCGGACAGACGGCCUACUUUCGCUGCCUAACGGCCAAAAUGCCCCCAAAUGUCGCCUAUAGCGUUGAAUGGUUGAAGGAUGAUGCUCCACUGCUAAUUGAUGAGUCGCGUAUGCUCAUCCUCCAAUCGGGAGCACUGGAAAUUGAUGAGCUAUCCGCGAGUGAUCGUGGGAUGUACCAUUGCAACGUAACCGCGGGUGGAAGUACGAAGUUGAGUAGUAAAUCGAAUUUGAAUAUUAAAUCCACGGCUGGAGUUCCUGAGAGUUUCGCCUCGCCAUCUUUUGUGGUUGUCCCCACGCCACAGACCGUCCGGGAGGGGGAAACAGUAACGCUGGAAUGUGUGGCAAAUGGGAAUCCCAAGCCGGCAAUAAGGUGGCUGAAGAAUGGCGGGGAUAUUGAUAUGAAUGACCUCGAUUCGCGCUUCCGUAUCAUUGGGACGGGAUCACUGCAGAUUCUCUCAGCUGAGGACGGGGAUUCGGGGGACUAUCAAUGCCGGGCAAUUAAUAGUGUUGACUCCCUGGAUGCUAGUGCAACGGUUCUCGUGCAGGUGCCGCCGAAAUUCAUUCAGAGUCCCGAAGAUAAGUCGGCGUUCAAGAAGGAAGAGUUGGAGCUUGAAUGCGCUAUUCAUGGGAAGCCAAUGCCACUGGUGCAGUGGCUGAAGAAUGGUGAUCUCAUCACUCCCAAUGACUACAUGCAGAUUGUCGGUGGGAGCAAUCUCAAGAUUCUGGGGCUCAUUGCAUCCGAUGCAGGGAUGUUUCAGUGUAUUGGAUCCAAUCCAGCAGGGAGCAUUCAAGCAUCAGCUAGACUGGAAAUCAUUCAGCCAGAAGAAGAAGCAAAGAAGCGUGAAAAGGCUGAAAGGGGCAAGGGUAAAUGGGAUUCGCCGUUAACGCCCAAAUCAGCCGCUGGACAGCGUCUCCUCAAUACACGCCUCCUGUCCAAGAGUGCCUUUGAUAGUUUACUGAACAAGGACAAGCGGAGAAAUACGAGCGAUGAGGAUGGCAAUUUGGGUGGUGAUUACAAUGAUGACGAUGCGGGGAAUGAUGAGUAUGGGGAUGAUGAGGAGGAUGAGGAGGAUGAUGAAGACGAUGAGGGGACAAUUCAUCCGUAUGGCCCAAAUGUUGACCCGAAGAAACUCUUCAAUUCCCUCAUGAAGGCCAAAGAGAAUGGGGAUGAUGUGGAGCAUUUUUCUAAUUUCGAUUUUCCCCCAAUCACACGCAAACGUACGCACGUAGAUGCGAAUUUGGAGGCAGCAUCAACACCACUGCCGGGACCACCGAGGGAUUUGGAAGCACAAAUUGUUAAGCCGAGAUUUAUUUCUCUCAGUUGGAUGGAGCCUAUAAAGAAUCCCGAUGAAGUUAUUUCCUACACAGUGUUCUACAAAAUGACAACGAGUGAUAGAGAACGAAAAAUAACAACGAAAUCCCGCGAUGAGCAACAAGUCAACAUUCAAUCCCUUCUUCCGGGUAAAACCUACCAAUUCCGCGUUGUUGGGAAUAGUGUUCAUGGCUCUGGCGAAAGUUCAGCUAUCUUGGAGGAGAGUACGCAGCCAGAGGAGAACAUCUCCGGACCCCCAAGAAGUGUUGAGGGUGUAGCAAUUAGUCACCGUGAGAUUCAUGUUAAAUGGGAACCACCCCUGAUAACGAAUGGAAUUAUUUCAAAAUACAGAAUUUACUAUUUUGAGAUUGAAGAUGGGGCUGAAAUGUACAUGGAUAGUACGGGGCUCGAUGCAACCCUCAUGGAGCUUCGUCCCUUCACGGAGUACACAAUUUCCGUGGUACCUUUCAAUCAGAACGGCAUGGGGGACCCGUCGAAUGAGAUUAAAGUGAAAACGUACUCAUCAACCCCCUCAGAGCCACCCCACAAUGUUUCUCUCGAACCAACGAGCUCCACGUCCGUGACAAUUAGCUGGGAACCACCGCCGGAGGAUAAGCGAAAUGGACAAAUAACAGGCUACAAAAUUCGCUACAGAAAAAUGAAGAAGCUCCAAGUUGAGACAACGCCUGGUAAUGUCAGGCACUACGAGCUUCGGAACUUGGAGCGAAAUUCGGCGUAUCAAAUUAAAAUUGCAGCAAUGACAGUGAAUGGAUCGGGUCCAUUCACAGAAUGGAUGCACGCGCAGACAUUUGAGAAUGAUCUCGAUGAGACGAAGACUCCAAAGCAACCAGACUUCAUUAGAACACGGCCGAGUGCGGAGAGUAUUAUUAUAACGUGGGGUCCACCGAGGGAUACAAAUAUAAAGCUGAGAGGCUUCAUUUUGGGUUGGGGAAAGGGAGUUCCGGACGUUGAAACGCUGGAAUUGGAUUCAAUUGCGCGGUAUUACGAGAUAAAGGGUUUAGAGCCGAAUAGUGAGUAUGUUAUAUCGCUCAAAGCGCGCAAUCUCGUUGGGUAUGGGCCACCGAUUUAUGACUACGUCCGGACACGUGAGGAAGCCUUGGUUGAGCCUCCAGCGCCCUUGGAGGUGCCUGUGGGGCUCAGGGCGAUUACAAUGAGCGCCAAUUCGAUUGUUGUGUACUGGACAGACACAACGCUGAGUAAGAGUCAGCAAGUGAUCGACAAUAGACACUACCUUGUACGCUACAACCCCGUGGCUACGUCCAGGUACAAAUAUCACAACACAACGGCCCUUAAUUGCAUGAUUGGAGACCUCAAGUCGAGCACACAGUACGAAUUUGCCGUGAAAGUGGUCAAGGGGAGACGCCAAUCAGCUUGGUCGAUGUCUGUAUUCAAUACAACAGCCCAGCAGAACCCCGUUCCACCGCCAAAGGAUCUCGUAGUGCGCGUAGAUGAGAGUAAUCCGCAAAAUGUGAUCCUUCAUUGGCAAAUUUCCACGCAAUUUGUCGAUCAAAUCACCGGAUAUCUCGUCUACUACACCACGGAUACCUCAAAGAGGGAUAGAGAUUGGCUUAUUGAGGCCAUCGUGGGGAAUUCACAGACAAUGGCUGUCAUUAGGAAUCUUCUACCCUACACCACGUACUACUUUAAGGUUCAAAGUAGAAAUGUUAAAGGGUACGGACCUUUUUCCGCAAUGGUCUCUCACACAACGGGAAAAGAAGUACUGACGCGGGAGCCAACAUCAGUUCUUGGAGACUUAACAAAUCCAUCAAUGCUGUACCUGAUUAUUGGUGUUGUUCUUGUAUUGGUCCUAAUUGGGGUGAUUGUGGUGGCAAUUGUGUGCCGCAGGAAGGCACCAACAUCCCCGGAUCACACGAAAAAGAGUUACCACAAAAACAACGCCGGGAUCAUUAAGCCGCCUGAUUUGUGGAUUCAUCACGAUCAAAUGGAGCUGAAGAAUAUUGAGAAGAACAAUCAGCAACCACCACAGACGCAAAUAAGUGAUGGAGCGUCAAGUAGUGGAGCUAUGACACUACCAAGGUCCGUCAUACAUGACUACGAUAGUGAGACACCCCUUUCGCACGUAACGAAUUCCCUCGAUAAGAGGAGCUAUGUGCCAGGAUACAUAACAACUCCAAUGAGCACCUCAAUGGAGAGACCACAGUUCCCAAGGACGCAGUACAGCAUGUCAAGUCAGGGACACAUGUCCGUGGGGCAGACUCCAGUAGCACAGACACCUGAGAAUCCCUACACGUAUGAAACGAUGCCCUCAAAUUACAGUAAUCCAUCAAUAACGUACGCCCCGGGGAUUGCUGUUGAUGCAGCGCCUAAACGGGGUAAAGGGCACCCCCUGAAGAGCUUCAGUGGCCCACCGAAUACAGGGGCGCCCAUAAUUCCCGUUCCCGCCGUGACAAUUCGUCCGCAGAAUUCGUCACCAUUCAAGAAACCCAGUUUGGCAUCCAAUGCACUGGCUAAUCGUCUCCAAAAUGGCUCUGGGGUUGUCGCCCAUUCAGCCGAUGAGGUGCAGCGCUUAGCGCCGAGCACAUCAACGGAGGAACUGAAUCAGGAGAUGGCGAAUCUCGAGGGGCUCAUGAAGGAUCUCAGUGCAAUUACAGCCAAUGAGUUUGAGUGCUAAGAACAGCCACCUUCCUACGCCAGAAUUGCCUCAAGAGGAGCGAGAAAGAAGCGAGAGAGAGAGAGAGAGAGUCAAAGAUGACCCGGAAGUGUGAUUCGCGUGUUCAGAGUGUUUUUCGCAUGCGUUUUAUUUUACAAUUUUUGAGAGAAAACAAAAGACGAAUUUCUUUUUCGAAUCCUCUUGAGUUUAUUCGUGGACAUGAUUUCAUCUUAAAAUUAAUUUUUAAUUUAAAUUUUAGAUAAAUUUUCGUUGUGAUAAAAGCAAAUUCUCCGGACAGAGAGAAAGAAAAAAAAGGUGAGAAUUUGCCCUCGAAAGGAAUCUCUUCUUUGUGGAAGGGAUUCCAUCUUCCCGCAGUUUUAUCGAUAGGUACAAAAUUAUCUGCCACUUUUUUUUUUAAUCUUAUGUAGAUUUAUGUAUUUUAGAAAAAAAAAUACAACACAAUUUGAGAGGUUUUUUACAUUUUUUCCACCAUCCAGAAAUGACAGAUUUUUUUUUUAACAAAAAAAGGCUUUUCCUAUAUUUUUAAGGGAUAUUUUUAAAGAAUAUUUUGUGGAGUUUGCGAUGUGUUCAGAAAGUUCUACAAAGUAAAGUUUUAAUUAAAAAAUUUGAACAACUUUAAUGAACUGAAUCAUACUAUUGGUUCGUAGAUUGUUUGGUGACAAUUACUAUAAAUGAAACCUGUACCAUUCAUAGAAUAUUCCACCGGAUUAUUUCUGUUUUCUCCGUUUUUUGGCGAAAAUUCUCAGAUUUUUUGCCAAAGUUAAAAAUUCAAAUAAUUUAAUUUUCUUCCCAUGAAAUUCCCAAGGAAUUUCUACGACAUGGAUAAUCAAUGUCCAUGGAUAAUCCCACAAAUUUCCAUGGAUAUUUCGCAAAAUUCUCCACAUUUGUUCUCCGACCAUCAGAACUUUUUGAACAAACCGCAAACUCAAAAGAGUGUGCACAAAAACAAUGAAGAAUGUCUGUUUUAGUUAAAAAUAAUAUAUUAUUUUGUACAUUUUUUUGUGAUUUAUCAACUUAAGUGAGUUUUUUUUAAUUAUUUAAUUUGAAAUGAAUGUAAAAUAUAGAAAACAAAUGAGGUUUAAUUUUUAGAUUUAUUAAUUUGAGUGAGAGAGUCUUUUGUGAAUGAGAUUUUUAUUUUCUUUGAUAUACACAGAGAACACACAUUAGCAUUUAAGGAAGAAAGUAACAAAAAAGAAAUGCGAAAACAUCACUGAAAAAUCAUCCAAUCGAGGUUUCAUCCCUCGUUGAGAAAACCACCCAAAAUCGAUGGUUUUUGAACAAUUUAUUAUGAAAUGAGAACUUCUUAUAAAAUAUUCAAUUUUUAGCACAAUGAAAAUGCUUCAGAACUUUUUUGGGGCAUUGUGAGGCCAUUUUAAACGGAUAUAGUGCCAUUUUUUGGUGUAUUUUACAAUAAUUAUAUUAAUAACAUAUUUAUUAAACAUCUUUUUUCCUUUUUAACUGUAUAAAAAAUAAUGUUUUGUGGGCAAAAUAAUAAAAAAAAACAGAAGAAGAAUUGAAAAGGAAAUGUUGCAGAAAAAGGAAGAAAACAGAACCGUUGGGAUUUGAAAAUUUGUGUCUUGACUAUUCGAAUUUUAUUGUGCUCGUGCUAAGUUCGAAAGUGAAGCCUUUUAGUCGAGACACACUGAAAGAAUAUUUGAAAAAUUAAUAUUUCAUUACCAACAGUAUUAUUUUUUAUUUUAAUUUUAUAGAGAAAAUAACAUUUUAUUGUGUCUAUAGAGUAGUUUCAAUAAACCAUUUUCAUCAUCAAACAUUUUUAGCAGUAUUUUACAUAAAAAAAUCGUCCUUUUGCAAUGAAAACACAGCUAAAAUGUUCUUCCCAGUGAAUUGAUUUUUUAAUGAUUUUUUGCCAAGCAAAUUUCCUCGAAAAGAAAUUUAAAAAAAACCUUAAAAUUAAAGACUAAUUUUCCCAGUAAAAACCAAUAUCCCCCUUGAGGAAAAAAAAACAUUUUCUACCACAAAAACUAUUCCCAGAAAUUAAAAAGAAAAAAAUCAUUGUAAAUGUUUAUAAAAUGUAAAUAAAAAAAUCGUAAACAACCAAGUAAGAAAAACAAAAUAUUCCCUAUAAACGUAAAAUGAAAAAAAGUAACAUUAAUUACAUUUAAAAAUAUUUUACUACAAAUCCACGUAUUUAAUACCAAGAAGAUGAAGUAAAAUAAAAAUCCUUACUGCCACAAUUUUUGUCACAAAAAAAAAGAAACUUUUUCACCUUUUCAUUGCACAAUGAAAAUAUAUUUUCCAACAAUGCAAUGAUGGAAAAUUAAUAAAAAUAAAUCCUUUUUCAUUUGGAAAAAUAAAUAUAUAAUUGAAAUGGAAAAAUAGAGGCGGAAUUUAAUUGCCCAAUUUGGAAGAUAUAAAAAUAAAAAUAGAUAAAAUGGGACGAAAAAAAAUGACGACAAAGAUGUUUUAUAAUUUUAAACUUCAAGCGAAGAAUAAAAGUAAUGUUUCGUAAAUA